AUGCUCUUGCUAUUCCGGCUCGAUGCCGCGGCGGUGGUGCUGCCGCACCCUGACAAGGUGGCGACGGGAGGAGAGGACGCUUGGUUUGCGAGAGGAUCUACAUUUGGGGUCUUCGACGGCGUCGGAGGCUGGGCGGAGCAGGGCAUCGAUCCCGGCCUGUUCAGUCGGGCCUUGGCUGUGGAGACUGCGCGCGAGGUCGCCGGGAUCGAGGGCGCCGAAGCCGCCGAGGAAGACCUUGCGCGCGCGCUCGAUACCGCGCGCUCGAGGGUAACAGCGGUCGGGACCUGCACCGCCUGUCUCGUGCAUCUCUCUGCAAGCGGCAGCCUGACGGCGCUCAACCUCGGCGACUCCGGAUUCCGGCUACUACGUCCGUCGCGCGUGUCGCCGCCGCACCGCCUGGCCGUCACGCUCCGCUCGCGCGAGCAACAGCACCGCUUCAACUGCCCUUUCCAGCUCGGAGUCGGGUCGGGCGAUUCCGCUGCCGACGGCGCUGUUUACUCCGGGGUCGUAAGGGCCGGCGACCUGCUGCUGCUCGUGACGGACGGCGUGACCGACAAUCUGAGCGAGCGGCAAAUCUGCGAGGCGCUCGCGGGUCCGCUCGCGCGCGGCGAGCCUGCGAGGUCUCUCGCCGCCGCCCUCGCGGCGUCGGCUCACGAGGCGAGCCUGCAGCCGGGGAGGAGCUCACCCUUCGCGGCCGCCGCGCAGAAUGCCGGCCUGUCGCACAGCGGCGGCAAGCCAGAUGACGUGACCGUCCUCUGCCGAAACAUCGUCUCGGUCGCGACCAAGUACGACCUCUUCCUCCUCCUCUCCUUCGGCGCCAUCCUCGUCUCCUACGCGCUCACGCUCUGGAUGAUGCAGCUGCAACACUGCGAGAGGCAGAAGCAGCUCUGCCAGCGCCUCUACUACUCCACGCGCCACACGGCCAGCACCGUCUCUCUCUUCCUCUACCUGCUGCUGACGUGGAUGUGCGGCCCGCGCGACGGACAGGUCCUCUUCACCACCUUUGUCUUCACCGGCGCGUUCUGCGCACUCGUCGCACUUGGAAACCGCUGCGGCGUCGCCGGCCGCAUCUGCGCGCGCCUCGACGCCAGCGUCGACCCCCCGAGCGACCCUGCCCCUCGGCCGCACGGCCCCACCGCAAAGAGCCGCGAGCUCGCCAACCUGCUCAGGCGCUCCAAGGCGAGAGGGCGGCCCGCAGGCGGCCCGGCAGCUGGGCCGGGGGCGGGGGCGCGUGGCGAGCCCCUCCGCCUCGCGACGAGGGCCCCGCCGGUGGUGGACCCCGCCCCCUCCUUCGCGCUCUACUGA